AUGGCUACCGCUACAACGCUGCAGCCUAUUAAGCCGCCCUCACUUUCUAUCUCGCACCAACAUACCACGCAAUCAUCCUCAACCAAACACAACGAUGUGGUAAAUAUGGACGAGGUCAUUCAUCUUGCCACCCUCUGCCGAAAGAGCCUGGUCGACCUUGACCUCCACAUGCCCGAGUUCAACCCGUCUCACCCUUUCACUCUAGAUGAAAUCACGGCUCUGCCACUCGACAAGCAUCGUAUUGAUGAUGCCCUUCAUGACCUCCCUCGACGCAAGUCUGCUCGUCAUAACCUUGCCGUAGCUAUUGCUCCGUUACUUUACCCCGUACACGAUGGUUCGUUGACGGCCAUCAUCCGCUUUGAGACAGACCGUGUACGUCUUCGUGCCUGGGCCGUCCUGCAGCGACGAUAUGACAUGCUGCAGGCCACCAUUCGCAAUGGUCACACCGCCAGGGGCCUCUCUGGUGGUGCCGCACCCGGUGUCCAGGCACCUAUCUGGGCUUCCCGCAUUCUAUCUCAGGGCGCUUGGGACCCUGCCAAGCACCCCAUCUCUCUCGAUGGCGUGCCGGCUAUCCCUAUGCCUGUCGAAAUUGCUCACGAGGCUGAUCUUGCUCCCUUCUUAGCCCAUCUUGAGGAGGGUGGUACUUUUGAGUUGAACGGCGACGAGAAGGGCUUCGAACUGGAUGGUGGACGAGGCGAACCCUACUACGGUGUCAAAGGCGCAGAGUUUCGCAAAGGUGUUGUGUACGAGGAUGGCCGUAUGGAUCUUUGCAAAAUGGUCGUCGGCCCUGACCAUAUCGGCAAACUGAUGGAUUCCCUUCGAUCCAAUAAGUUCGUCCAGCAUUUCCUUUUGGGCAAUAAUAUUAUUGGCCCUGUUGGUGCGCGUGAGAUUGCCAAGUUCAUCAACGACCUCCCCAACAGGAUCGACACUUGGUAUCUUGCUGGAAAUUGCAUCAACGGGCUCGGCCUGAAGGAGCUUACCGAUGACAUGGUCAACUCGGAGGCCAUCACCAAUAUCUGGCUGAAGCGCAAUCCCCUUGGUGCAGACGCUUCUGAGGACGUGUACCGCCUCAUCACCGGAGUCAAGAACUUGCGAACACUGGACCUCGACCAGACCCAACUUGGUGACCAAGGAGUUACGGACCUCUUCAACCGCUUGGCCGAUCACAAGAUGCCCGAGGGUGUAACACUCCCCCUGAAGCACAUCUACCUCAACGGAAACGGCAUCUCAACCAAGGGCGCCACGGCCAUUGGCAAGUUCCUCGUGUCACCGCACUGCGGCUUGACCUCACUCUACCUGUCGUCGAACCCACUUGGCGAUAAUGGCGCAGCAGCUCUUGCUCAGGCACUACCCAAGGCAUCGUAUCUGACUCGAUUGCUCUUACAGUCGAUUGGAGUCAGCACCAAAGGUGCCAUUGGGCUUUGCAAGGCUGCUGCCGGCCAUCCAACCCUCGAGACGUUUGACCUGGGCCAGGCCUAUGCCACCCAUGAUCUCGGACAGGCCUACAACUACAUCGAGGACGAUGCUGUGCCCGCCAUUCAGCAUCUCAUCCAAAUAGAGAGCCGUCUGGCUUACGUUAAUUUUGGAUAUAUGCCUAUUACACCUCCAGCACUCAAGGCCAUCUCGCAGACAGUGCUUAAGAACCAUACGCUUGUCUACUACUCGGCUUACUCAGUUCUGCCAGACCCAACCCUCAAGCCGGCAACUUUCAAGCCCACUGUUGACAAACACUUCGCCAACCCAGCUGAGCAGACCAAGCCUCAGAUAGUGAUAAAAAAGGCUGUUCAGGACCACCUGACUGCCAAUGUCAAGGCUCGCUAUGGUGAGGAUACAUCGUACAACCUGUUCAUGAAGGAGGAGAGACGCUGGCUCGUCAGCGACAAGACCGAUGUGCGCAAGAUUGACAGCGUGUAUCGCAAUCGCGAUGCUGGGCUUGCGCGCCGUCGACUCCUGACUCUGAUCAAGAACUGGGAGGAGGGUGAUGAGACUCUUGACCGUGUCAUGGCUGCUCAUGCGCCAACCUGCUCUCUGCGUCGACACUGA